AUGGGGGCGCUGACGACCUCAGAAGUGUCUCUGUUGCACAUUCAAUUCGACGACGAUACAAGUACUUACGAAUAUCCUUCGGAAGCUUCACUGUUAGAAGACACAGAAGUCUCUUCUCCAGUCAGCAAUUCCUCUCCAGGACUCAUUGGAAGCGUCAACCUAGCCAGCUACACCCCCGUAAAAUCCGGCCUACACACAUCAGGCAGUACCUUCGAGCUAGGCGUCACCAGAACCUCUCCAACGGUCACCGACGGCGGCGGAGGAGGCCCCAAAGGCGACUCGGCCUCAAUAAACUCUCCCAAUUCGCCCACUUCGACAGCCACAGUCCUCUCCAUCGAAGGCGCCGAAGAAAUGGGCGAAGGCUGCCUGAGACCUGCUUCGGAUGACCAGACUGUUGCAUGGAGCCAGGAGCAAGACGCCACGGAUUUGUUGUUCUGAGGGUAAUAGAACCUGCUGAGGAGGUUUCUUUAGGUUUUAUAAUGUAUUUGUAUGUAUAUUCCAUAGUUGGUAAUGUGAUGUAUUUUAAGGCGAUGAGAAGCGGAUAAAAGACAUUUGAAUAAUAUCAAUAUAAAGUAUAUUGUUAGGAUAAUGAUGUAUUUACACUUGAGGAAGAAAAAUGGAUAUCUAGUUGACCGAUUUGGAUCCAGAAAUUAGAAAAAGAUGUUGAGGUAUUUAAAACUGUAGGAAUGCUUAAUGAAAAUGUACUGAGUAUAAUAAUAUUAUUACUAUGCGAUAUAAAGAAGAGACGAUAUUCCAAAUGGACUUCAAUAAUUUCACUAAACUGAUAUAAAUGAGGUCAAAAAAUACAUUAUUAUACAGGGCGCCAAUUCUGCGAUAAAAUAAAAAUGUUAUGCCAACGCUAUGUUAUAGGUCUAUCUUCGUAUAAAUUUGUAAUAAAUUGUCAAAAAUCUCUGUAUUUGCUGUGCGAUCAGGCAUUUUACUCAUAAAACCUUACUUUACGUAUGUAAAAAAAUACGAAAAUUAAUUUUGAAUAUCUAGUUAGGAAUCGUUCAAGUAUUACGUAUGCAGAUUUAUUACAAUUAUUCACCCCCCCAUCCCCCUUGCCAGCAAAAGUAAGCAAAGCUGUU